AACGAUGUGAAAUAUAACCUUUCUUGUAUUUAAAAGUUAACAACGUCGAAACACGCUGUUCAAGGCAGAGUGGGUGGAUUCCACCUGCUUUUAAUUCAGAAUUGUAAUUGGUUGCAGUCAUGCCAAUCAACACCUUAGCCAAUGAGGUUGGAAACGUUUAAUACCCAGUAGACACGUCGCCAAAUUGGCAGUGAAAAUAGACACGAUAGAUAAGAGAAAACAACCGGGCUUCAUGUGGUAGAGCCACUCUCCCCAAAAACAAAUAGAAAGAAAAGACAUGGCACUUCAAACUGGGUUUAACCCCCAAAGAGUAUGGGCACCUUCGGCAUUUGCAAGCGAGUCCUCCUCUAGCAUGCCUCCCACCCUGUUGUCUUCAAUGUCCUCCUCUAGCAUGCCUCCCACCCUGUUGUCUUCGAUGUCCUCCUCUAGCAUGUCUCCCACCCUGUUGUCUUCGAUGUCCUCCUCUAGCAUGCCUCCCACCCUGUUGUCUUCGAUGUCCUCCUCUAGCAUGCCUCCCACCCUGUUGUCUUCAAUGUCCUCCUCUAGCAUGCCUCCCACCCUGUUGUCUUCGAUGUCCUCCUCUAGCAUGUCUCCCACCCUGUUGUCUUCGAUGUCCUCCUCUAGCAUGUCUCCCACCCUGUUGUCUCCGAUGUCCUUCUCUAGCAUAUCUCCCAACCUGUUGUCUCCAAUGUCCUGCUCUAACAUGCCUCCCACCCUGUUGUCUCCUAUGGUGUUUUUGCCAGCACCAGUUCCACCGUUUCACCUUCCAGUUCAACACAAUCACAACCCUUGCCUAAUGUCUUGGCCCCCUGGGAUUGUCCAUUUUAAUCUAGGACCAGGUGCCCAUCGUACAUUUCAAGCAGCAGCUAAUGACGACUUUGUUUUUGAAUUUGCUGCUGACCACCAUGUCGUUUCUCAUAUACCAAGAAGGAAAUUCCAUCUUAACAGGGACCUGUUUGAUUUAAUUAAAAAGCACAGAGUUCUGGACCUGACUGACCAGAGGCUGCUGGGCUGGUAUCUGAUGCUCCCCCCUGAAGACAGAAGAAUUAUUCAAGGUGAGGGUGGACUCUUACAGUUCCUGCAAAAGCACCCGGCAUUUGAAGUAGCGAAGCACAGUGUGCAUUUGAAAGAUCUGAUGACACAUGUAGGACCAGAAGGGAUGUCCACAAAUCUAAACAAAUCAAGAAGACCGACUUUCUACUGUGUUUGGCAUUGUCUGCAGUGUGAUAUCAGCAACACUUUGGAUACAAAAAAGUGCAGAAGGUGUAAUGAGCCCAUGGCAGAAUCAGCACAAACAUACUUGACAGAAACAGAACAUUACAUGCUUCCAGACAGCAUCCAGAACCAGCCUAAUAAAGAAGACAUGUGUGCCUCUGGAGACUUCAGAAGGGCAGCUGAGCCAGUGAAGCUGAGCCAGGCCAGAAACCUGCCAAGCAGUGCCUCACUUGAGCGAUCUGACGCUUUCCAUUCAGCCUGUGAUAGCACUGCAGCAGAAGACAUCGAGGAAACUUUCUGUACUCGGCUAGUCUCUGCUGAAAAGCAAACUCAACACAGCCUGAAUCUGGAAUUACUACAAGAAACAUCGGUGGAGGCAAGCCUGUCCCUGGACAUCGAGCUUGAGAUGCACCAGCGGAAUGCACGUUCAAUGCAAGCAGGUGACUGCUGGGACAAGGGCAAAGCUGAUUUCGAGGCUCGUGGCCUUAGAGAAGCAGAAACCUAUUCGAGUGUUCCAGGAUAUCAGGAGCUGGAAAAGGAAACUCUCCCUGAUUACUACAGUUUCAAUAGCACUGGAUUCUAUGAGGCGGAGAGGGAUGCUUCAUCAGGGCCGCCGUGCAUGAGUAGUGACACAGAAUCAGGGGCCACUGCAGACCCCUUGGGUGACACACCUGAAGAAGGAUGUUACAAGACCAGUGAGAAGUGCUCUAAUGCUGCCCUUGAAGAGUCCAAGGGAUGUGAUUCACAGUGCACCAGCUCCUUGGAUGACUGGCCAGGUGGAACUAGUUUUUCGGAAUACGGCUAUGGAAGUGAGGGGGACCCUGAAAAUGACCAAAACUUUGAGGUGUACCACAGCAUUGCAGAGGGUACGUCCUUCACUGCAGAGCAAGAUGAGCUGCAAACUGAAAGUACACGUCCUGCUGGCUUACGAUGUGAUCACUGCCUUCCUGUCCCAGAUGGUACGAAGAGCAGCGCUGAUAAAGAUGCUAAUAAUAAUGAUAAUAACAGUCUUUUGGAAGUAGACUCAAGCAUAGAUUGCUUGGGUUGGGAUGUACCUGAAAAGCCUUGUGGAUUUAAAUGUGAGCCUCCAGUCGCUAGAGAUGAUACAUCCUUGUACGAAGAGUCUUUUCUGUCUGCCGCUGCGGCUAAUAGCCUACUGCCAGAGCCAAGUAUAGAAAUGGAUAUCAGUGGCUACGUAGGAGCUUCAGCGUUCGAACGUAGUGGCCAGUACAGGGAAUCGGAUGCUGAAGAGAGUCCCACCACCACAUGCCAGAGGUGCUUAGCUGCAAGUGACUCUACCAUCAGAGUAAACCAAAUCAUUGAUGCCAGUGCUGAUUUCAGGGCAGGUUUCACCUCAACUACAGCCACUGAAGCCAGUGUGUUUGUGGCGAGCAAAUCUACAAGCACAGACAACCCUGGGGUACCCCAUGCACAUGCUGCCGUCAAUACAGAAUGGUCUUUGCUGCAAGGUGCUCUACGAGAUGGGGGUUCCCAAACAUCGGUGCCUUCAACUAGUGAAAAGUGCAUCAAUACAGACUUGCGUAUGGUUGACCUGGAUUCAUUUGCUGAGGAAUUCAUGAAACUGAGAUUGGGAAAGGAAGAAUUAAAUGAGCUAAAGAAAAAACUUGCAAGAAUGGAAAAGUGCAGCGCUGCUGCCUGUGGGUGCAGUUGUGACACGGCGACGCAGAGGGCAGUAAAAGCUGAGCUGCAGCUGUUGGAUCUGCACUACUGGAUGUGUCGGCAGCACUGCUGGAGACUUCAUUACACCGUGCAUGAGAAGGGCUUCAGUGACCUGGGUGCUGCAGCUCAUUCUCAGGGUCUCGAGAGUGCUCUUCAAGAGCUCCAGUCCGAUUACAGUAAAAUGAGAGAGAAAAUACUGUCUGGAACAAGCUUGGAUGAUCUCCCACCACUCUCCGUGGAUUCAAAGCGCAUUGUCACAUUGAAACAAUAUGUUCCUUCAAAGGUAAUGGCUGUGGCUUUGUCGUCUCAAGAGGUGGUGUGUAGUCAUCAAGAAAAGGGUUUACCAGAGGAUAAGAAUAAUGGGAGAGGUGUUCCAUCAAGCAGUCAAGUUUUACCCUUUCAGGAGAAACCACACUUUGAAGUCUCUACACGCUGCUGUAAGUCUGUGCAUGAUCCGGCAAACAGAGGCUCAGAUUGCAAAAAGCAAAGAAUGAAGAAAGAUCAUGAUUUUACGGAAGACUGGUUUGAUGCAGAGGAGAAUCUCAGAACAGACGGGCAAAUAGAUGAUGUUUUGGAUAAUACUGGUGUAACGAGGCAGACAGCAGGAGGAAUCUGUGGGAGUAAGAGCACUGAGGCUGUCAACGAAGACUGGGGAUUGAAAUGUGAAAACUCAGCAGAAAGGGAGAAGCAGCCGGAUCACUAUCUGUGUGUCAGAGAUCUGUCUGUGACGGUGACUGAGAAAGAUUUGAUGCGCCUUUUUCAGAAAUACCAGGCUACUGAUGUGUGGAUAACUAACACGGCUAACCACCUCAGGUUAGCAAUUGUCACAGUCUGUGGUACCAGCUGUGCAGAGAAGGCACGGAAGGAAAUGAACGGGAAGCAAAUCCAUGGAAGAGCGAUUAAAGUGGACCCCAUAAGACAGCCAGGAGUUGGGUGGCAGAAUGCAUCCAAGCACUGCUCUUACACACCAGCUCCAGUACAAGAGUGGAGAGCAGAGAGCUGCGACGGGAAGCAACUAAGAGUCAGUUCACAAACUGGGCCUCUGAUACAUCAAACAGGGCCUGUCGCUCCUCCAAAGGUGUUUAAAAGGAAUUACGAGAAGCUGCAGUGUGUCCAGGACACACCGACAGCCUCUGGAACAUUUCUCACGCAGCACUAUGCAGGGCUAAGCAGCUUCGACAAGCUGAUGGAUAGGCUGAUGAAGCUUCACCCUGAAGCUGGCAGACAGAAAAUUGUGGAAGCGUUGAUAGAGCUGAGAGCUGAGAAGAAAGGGUUCCUCAGUGGACUCCCCUUGAAAACCAUUGUGGAGAUGACAUCCGCAGUGCUGAAGAAGAAUCUGACGGGGGUAGCGACACAAACGGUUCUGCAAAGAAUUAAAGAACCAGUGGAUGUUCAACUGAUACACUUGUUAUUUUCUUAAGUUCUUGUUAACGGUUGCACUAAAGUAAAAUGUACUUUAAUAAUUAGCAUGUUCCUAUAUGCAGCUCUGUUCAGGUAUUGCAGCUGUACAUAUAGUUUUGUGUUGCUCAGUUUUGUGUUGUAUUGUGUGAACAGUCAAUAAACAACUGCUUGUG